AUGCAAAUUAGCGAUCAAACAAUUUUCAGGUGCGCUAGUUCAUCUGUCGGAGAGCACAACGAAAAGUGGAAGAUUAGGAAUCAUCUGCAUCUCAGUGGUGAAUACGGGAAGAAGCAGCUGAGGGACACGGGUGCCACCGCAGCGGGGGACGGCGACCAGGCCCAGUUCGAUCUGCUGGGAGGUGCUAAACUGCGCUUGGGGACGGACCGAACUCGAACUCAACGUCUUGCUGGAGGCAGUGUUGGCGGUGCAUCAUCUGCUGAGCAGUAUCCGGGUGGAAUGUCUGUUUUGAUACCUGCGCUGGACGGCUUCAUCUCACGCCUCAGCAUCUCGCGGCUCGAUGACCUCGCCGGCAAGCUUUUCAAUCGUUGCAACUAUUUUUACACAGCUGUGGCGCUGUCGCUUCUGUCGUUUCUAAUUGGGACGAAGCAACAUUUUGGUGAGCCGAUCCGAUGUCUCGUCGAUCAGCAAUAUUCAGGCUCAUGGGUUGACUACGUACACGAUUUUUGCUUCAUAUCGGGACGUUAUUCGUUAACGCCACCAGACUACGAGAGCAACAAGCUUGCCGAAUUCGACCCAACAACCGGCAGAAGAUAUGAGAAUUAUUAUCAGUGGGUACCAUUUCUCUUGGCAGCACAAGCAUUGGCCUUUUACAUGCCACACUGUAUGUGGCGAUGGUUGCAGCAGUUAAGCAGUGUGAACAUGGCACAAGUAGUUGAAGAGGCAGACAAGGUGCACAGAAUGUCCGACGACGAACGUAACGUGGCAGUGAAAAAUUUCAUCCGUUAUUUCAAACAGGUGGGCGCUGGUGCACUGAUGCAUUUUGCUCUUGAUGCUGGCCUAGAUCAAAAUAAUCUUGCAUUAACAUCUCUUUCUGCUUCGCAGUGCGUAUUGAUAAUACAGUCAAUCUUAUAA